AUGUCUGCCAGUGGAGUCGCCGCCGCCAUCAACCCCAACGGGCCCGAGGGACAGCAGAUUCAUCUGUUCUAUAACACCAACACGAAGAACCUUGGCUUCCAGUUCUUUGACGAGACCAAGCACACGGAUGAGACCGAAGCUUUUGCGGCCGGCGCCGACGGCCAGACCGGUUUCAUCAUCAACCCGGCCCAGGUUGCAACCACCAACUUGACGGGUGUUGAGCUCGUCGUCGGCUUCACCAACAAGCUGCCGGCCGCCGCCGCCAACGACUGCAAAUGCGAUGACCCGACCCAGAACGAUGUUUCCAUCAUCAGCCCGGUCUAUCAGCCCCUGGCCGCGACUGACCUCACCAACCUGACCAUCGCUGCCGUCUCUUCGGACACCACCGCUUAUGUCUACUACCUCACGGGCACCGAUUACAAGAGCACCACAAUCAACGAGCUCACCGUUGGUGACGAUUCUCCCGGCCAGUUCGAUGACACGGUCAAGAUUCUGGCCCAGUCUUCGCUGGCUGCAUUCUACGUCCCGGAAGAUGAGAAGCGUUACAUCAUCUACCAGGCUUAUAGCACCAAGAGGCUGCACGCGUAUUGCCCUAUUGCCGGCUCUAUUGAUGACAAGGAAAUCGAUAACUCGGGCGAUGCUCGGCCCAACACCCCGCUGGCUGCCGCCUACGUCAACGGCAAGGCCUACGUUUACUACGUCGAUACCACCCAGAGCAUCCGCGUUGUCGUCAGAGACGACACCGUCACCUCCCCCGCCUGGAGUUCGUCGAGGGCCGUCCAAGCACCCAGCCAGGUCGACGACGCCAGCCAGAUCACUGUUGUGCCCUCGCCCAAGGGCAACCACAUCUUCUACGUCGGCGUCGGCCAGGGCAAGCAGUUCAAGUUCCACCACGCCAUCGACAAGAUCUAG